UCCCCAUCUCAUUGCCUGGCUGUCUCAGAUUCUGCUCUAGUCUUAUUACCACAUUUUUGUCUGCAUCUUCCUUUAAAAGUUCUCAUAAGUUUGUAUUAUAACCAAAGACAGGAAUCUUUGGUGCAUUACAGACAGCACAGAUAGAUUUCUGCUGCGUUGUCCAUUUGACCAGAAAUCUUGUCUCACUCACAGUUACAGUCAAGAUUCCACUUUCUUUAUAAUAUAUUUCCACCCUAACAUGCAGGUGAGCUAGCUUUCUCAUCAGAUUAUCCAAUUUGUCACGUUCACAUCUAUAUCUUGGAACUAGCAUCCAUUAUAUAUGCUGACUUUGUUCAUUUAUAUAUACGUACAUCUAACAGCUCCUUCAAAAGCUUUUCAAGACUGCAAAUGAGACUACUACUUCUAGCUCUAGCCCUUCUAUAAGCAAGAAAGAAACUGUCAACAAUCAGAAGGCGAAAUCAAAAGACGGACAGAAGGCGAAAUCAAAAGACAUUGUUGUUUGGGAUCUGUCGGGAGAGUAGUAGAAGAAGAGCUGAUGAAAGCAGAUCAAGAAGCAAGACUUUCAGCUUAUUCAAUUUAUUGUGCAAUAGGAAGGAUAUUUCCAAGGAGUAUUUUUAUAGCACAAUUCAUCUAAGGAGGGUAAGAAGUUGCCAUAGAAGGCAACAUUUUGAAUAUUGCAUGAAGAUGAAAAAAGAGAGUAUUAAACGAGGAUUAAACUUUUCUCACAAGGCAGGUUCAUCAGUAACAGCAAAUCAUGUUGGAAAUACCCAAGUUUUGCCCAUUACUGAUUCUUCAAGAUCGUCAUCAUCGUCCACAAGGAACGAUAAAGAUCGAUGCUCUGGUGCAGAAAAGAAAGAAAAACCAAAGGGAGAUAAAGCGAAAACGAUCUCUAAGAUGAAAGAGCUACUAAGAUGGGCUGCUACUAAUAAAUCAGCUGAGAAGGGAGGCAACUACAUAAGCAGAAAGGUAUUCAACUUCCGGAACAGACCAGCAUUGAAGGCAGUACCAGAUGAUGAUCAACUGAGUAAUGACUCUCCCAAAAUUAGCUUUAGAUGGGAGGUUGAAAGUUGCUCCACAACUUGCUCUGCUUACUCUGCCAUGUCAAUGCCUAAUCCAUCAACAAAGAAUAAUGAACAAUCCAUUAAAAUCAAUUUUACUUCUGCAAACUCAACUCCCAUCCACUCAGAUCAGUGCCCUGCUGCCGCUGCUAAAUUGAACUGGAUCACCACUGACUCUGAAUUUGUGGUGCUAGAGCUAUGAAGACUAUAAGGACCAAUGGCGACCUAUACAUAUCAUCAAUAAAUCGCACGUUCUGGCCUGUGCAGUAAUUGAUGAGUAGCUACAAAUUUGAUAAACUAUCAGAUGUAUGGCUUGUGCAGUAAUUGAUGAGCAGCUAGAAAUUUGAUCCUAUCAGAUGUACUAAUGAGUAAGAAUUUUGGGGGGCAAAUUAAUGUAACAUCGAUUCCAAUUAUGUGUA